AAAAUGAGGAUAAAUAUCUUAUAUUUAGUGUAAAAGGUUGUCGGGACGCCAUGUUUAUACUGUCCUCCCACACAAAAGUAGCACCUCCAUAUUAUCAUAUUAUCAUUGGUGGAUAUGGAAACACACGGUCUACCCAAGCCAGACGGAUAAAUGCAUACAUACCUUUGAAGGAAUACUUUUCUUCUGAAAUGGAUUGUUAUAUUUACAAGCCAUUUUGGAUAAGUUGGGAACGUGGUAUUAUUGAAGUAGGGAGAGGAAAUGUAAUUGGUGAUAACGUUUUCCUGUCUGCAGUUGACCACUGUCCUUUCGCUAUAAAGAACAUUGAAAUAAGCACUGGUAAAGAUGGCGCAACAGUGGAUUGGACUAUUGUUCCUAACAGUACUAAUCAGACGAUUACCUCUUUGCAGAAUAGUCCCAUUAUGUCCAGGAAACUCUACAGGUUGGCAAAAGACUGUCCUACUUUUGAACAGAUACGGUCCAUGAAAAAAUAUUCGAUUGUUGAAUGUGGAUUGGAAUGUCUCGCAGAGAAGGACUGCUGUGGAUUUCGGUAUUACAAAACAAGUGGACUGUGUGGAAUUGUAUCUGAUAUCGCUACUGCUAAUAUUGUUACUUCUUAUCAUAAAAAGCAACUGUAGAUGGCGCUACGAUUGUUGUACAUAUAUACUGUGAACAUAGACUAUUGAAUAUAUUUAACAUUUGAUGUAAUUUUAAUACUUCAUUUAUUUCUAUAAAAACGUUUAACGCAGUACAUUUCA